AUGCCUAGCACUUUUGAAACCCAGCUCUUUUUUUCUAGGCCUUUUCUGUCGAAAAGGCAAAUUCAAAGGGCCCACAAGAACACGAUAUCAGACUAUCGAAAUUAUAACCAGAAAAAGCUGGCUGUAUUCAAGUUUUUGAGCGAUUUGUGUGUCCAGUUAAAAUUUCCCCGGAAGACUUUAGAGACAGCAGUAUAUUUUUAUCAGAGAUAUCACCUUUUCAACCGCUUCGAAACCGAACUUUGUUACACUGUGGCGACAAGUUGCCUAACUUUAAGUUGCAAAGAAGUGGAAACUAUCAAAAAAGCUAACGAAAUAUGUACAUUGUCAUUGCAUUUGAGGAACGUGGUCAAAAUCAAUACGGAAAUUCUGGAAAAUUUCAAGAAAAGAGUUUUUCAAAUCGAACUUCGAAUACUGGAGUCAUGUUCAUUCGACUAUAGAGUGAACAACUACGUCCAUAUUGAUGAAUAUGUCAUUAAAAUUGGCAGAGAACUAUCCUUUGAUUAUAAAUUGUGUAAGCUAGCCUGGUUGAUUGCCUAUGAUGCCUUAAAGCUAGAAACAGUCUUGGUCAUACCCCAACAUUCUAUCGCAUUGGCCAUCUUGAGAAUAGCAUAUGAACUACUAGACAACAAAAACUGGUCGAGUAAGAGGUAUUCGUUAUUCGAAUCAGACGAAAAUUCGGUAAAUGAAGCUUAUUUUGAUAUACUAAACUUUUACAUCAAUUUUUUUGAUCUCUGCGACCUACAACAUCAUUUACCUGAGGGCGUACCGCCCGUAAGUAUUGAUAGGUUUAUGGUUCUGAAGAAAAAUGCAGGGCCGGAAUUCGGUUUACAGCAAGUUACUGAUCAUGAGUUAGAUGCGGAUCCUUAUAUCACUAUCUCUCGGGAGAAUACUGUUCAAGAAAGAAGAUACGUGCUUUCCAUGGACUUAAUUAACGGUGAAUCCAAUUCGGUCCACUCUACGAAACAGGUAUAG